AUGAGAGAUGGAAGACACUUGAGAUGUGUUCAUAACAAUCCUCAGGGAAGUCAUCUUCCGGAUUAUUCACCAUACCCCGCUAUUGUUUUGAAGAUGGAAGACGAGAUCGGUCUACUUCUUCCUAUAAUUGUUUUGGAGAUGCCAAGCGUCUUACUAAUGGCAGCAGUUCGCAACGUUCCAAUUGCUAGGCCUACUUUAUACCAAGCAGUGAUGGAGAUGAUUGAUAAAAUGCGUUACCAGGAGUUAUGA